GAGGGGGCGGGGAAAAGGGUGGGAGUGGGUGAGCGCGCGCCGCCGGUCCGUCGUGGUUUCCUGGCUGCUCGCGGCGGUGGCGGCGUCGCUGCAGCUGUAGCAGCAGCCGCGAAGAUGGCGGAGGGGUUGGAGCGUGUACGGAUCUCCGCGUCGGAGCUGCGAGGGAUCUUGGCCACUCUGGCUCCGCAGGCCGGGAGCAGAGAAAACAUGAAGGAAUUAAAGGAGCCCAGGCAGCGCAAAGAUAACAGGCGCCCAGAUCUGGAAAUCUAUAAGCCUGGUCUUUCCCGACUAAGGAACAGACCUAAAAUCAAGGAGCCCUCUGGGAGUGAGGAAUUUAAAGAUGAAAUUGUUAAUGAUAAAAAUGCUUGUGCUGUUGGAAAUGGUACACAGCUCAUUAAAGAUGUCUGCAAGGAACUGGAUAACCACCAGCAAAAUGGUCCUGUAGACCCAGAAAAUAAUCAAGGACAGGAGACUUUUCCUAGGACUGCUGGGCAAGAAGAUCGAAGUCUAAGAAUCAUCAAGAGAACAAAGAAACCUGAUUUGCAGAUCUAUCAGCCUGGAAGGCGUUUGCAGACUGGUAUCAAAGAUUCUGCUAGCCGGGUGGAUGAGGAGGAAAUCCUCAACCAGGUAGAACAGCUGAAAAUAGAGGAAGAUGAAUGUAGGGGAAAAGUUGUGAAAGAGGAAGUUGUGAAUAAAUCAGCUAAAGCUGAGACAGAAAAGAGCCAAAAUAGUGACAGAGUAAGGACUGCAAAAGGAGAAAAAGGAAAAAGGAUUGAAAAAGGGGAGGGGACAAAGAAACUGAAUGAUGACCUGGCCCAGGGGAAGCCUGGUUCUGCAAAGCGCUAUUCCCGCUCAGACAAACGGAGGAACCGCUAUCGCACUUGCAGUACCAGCUCAGCUGGUAGCAACAAUAGUACUGAGGGAGUUGGCCUGACUGAUAAUGGAUGUCGCCGUCGCCGCCAGGAUAGGACCAAGGAAAGGCCACGACUGAAGAAACAAGUAUCUAUGUCCUCAACUGAUUCUUUAGAUGAGGAUAGAAUUGAUGAGCCUGAAGGAUUGGGGCCCAGGAGGAGCUCAGAAAAGAAGACACACUUAGAAAGAAACUGGUCUGGCCGUGGGGAGGGUGAACAGAAAAGCAAUGGUAAAGAAAAUCGAGGCACACUUCGUGUAACUUUUGAUGCAGAAACCAUGAACAAAGAUUCCCCCGUGAUGAGAUCAGCCAGGGAGGAUGUGGAUAAGAUAAAACCUGACAGAGGUUUGAGCAGUGGGGGCAAAGGCUCUGAGAAGCAGGAUUCCAAAAACCUGAAACAAGAACUUCGGGGCCGUGGUCGUGGCAUUUUGAUCCUGCCUGCCCAUACUGCCCUAUCUGUCAAUUCAGCAGGUUCUCCAGAGUCCACGCCUUUAGGACCUCGACUUUUAUUUGGAUCUGGUAGUAAAGGAUCUCGGAGUUGGGGCCGUGGAGGCACCACCCGCCGACUAUGGGACCCAAAUAAUCCUGAUCAGAAACCUGCUCUAAAGAACCAGACACCCCAGUUACAUUUCUUAGACACUGAUGAUGAAGUCAGCCCUACAUCAUGGGACUCACGCCAGGCCCAGGCAUCUUACUAUAAGUUUCAAAACUCUGACAAUCCCUAUUAUUACCCCCGGACACCAGGCCCUGCCUCUCAGUAUCCCUAUACAGGGUAUAGCCCUCUGCAGUACCCAGUAGGCCCUACAAAUGGUGUGUACCCAGGGCCUUACUACCCAGGCUACCCGACUCCUUCAGGACAGUAUGUAUGUAGCCCUCUCCCUGCCAGCACCAUGAGUCCUGAAGAGAUAGAGCAGCAUGUGAGGAACAUGCAGCAGCAGGAGCUACAUAGGCUUCUCCGGGUAGCUGACAACCAGGAACUACAGCUCAGCAACCUGCUUUCCAGGGACCGCAUCAGUACUGAGGGCAUGGAGAAGAUGGCUCAGCUCAGAGCUGAACUGCUACAGCUGUAUGAGCGUUGUAUUCUGUUAGAUAUUGAGUUCUCUGAUACUCAGAAUGUGGAUCAGAUCUUGUGGAAGAAUGCUUUCUAUCAGGUGAUUGAGAAGUUCAGGCAGCUUCUCAAGGAUCCUAAUGUUGAGAACCCAGAACAGAUACGGAAUAGACUCCUGGAGCUUUUGGAUGAGGGUAGUGACUUCUUUGAUAGUUUGCUUCAGAAGCUGCAGGUUACUUAUAAGUUCAAACUGGAGGACUACAUGGAUGGUCUUGCCAUUCGCAGCAAGCCAUUACGCAAGAUGGUAAAGUAUGCCUUAAUCAGUGCUCAGAGAUGUAUGAUUUGCCAAGGAGAUAUCGCUAGGUAUCGGGAGCAAGCCAAUGAUACGGCAAACUACGGGAAAGCACGCAGUUGGUACCUGAAGGCCCAGCACAUUGCUCCCAAGAAUGGGCGCCCCUAUAACCAGUUGGCUUUGCUGGCAGUGUAUACGAGGAGGAAGCUUGAUGCUGUGUAUUACUACAUGCGCAGUUUAGCUGCCAGCAACCCUAUCCUGACUGCCAAGGAGAGUCUUAUGAGCUUGUUUGAAGAGACCAAACGAAAGGCAGAACAGAUGGAAAAGAAGCAACACGAAGAAUUUGAACUGAGCCCCGAUCAAUGGCGAAAAGGAAAGAAAUCUACUUUCCGGCAUGUUGGAGAUGACACCACUCGCCUGGAGAUCUGGAUUCAUCCAUCCCAUCCCAGGUCCUCUCAGGGCACUGAGUCUGGGAAGGAUUCUGAGCAGGAGAAUGGGCUGGGCAGCCUGAGUCCCAGUGAUCUGAACAAAAGGUUCAUCCUCAGUUUUCUCCAUGCCCAUGGGAAGCUGUUUACCCGGAUUGGGAUGGAGACAUUCCCUGCAGUGGCUGAGAAGGUCCUCAAGGAGUUCCAAGUGUUGCUACAACAUAGCCCAUCUCCUAUUGGAAGUACCCGCAUGCUGCAGCUUAUGACCAUCAACAUGUUUGCUGUACAUAACUCUCAGUUGAAAGACUGCUUCUCAGAGGAGUGUCGCUCUGUGAUUCAGGAGCAAGCAGCAGCCUUGGGCCUGGCCAUGUUUUCUCUACUGGUGCGCCGCUSCACCUGCUUACUUAAGGAAUCUGCCAAAGCUCAACUGUCCUCUCCUGAGGACCAGGAUGAUGAAGAUGACAUCAAGGUGUCUUCCUUUGUCCCGGACCUGAAGGAACUGCUUCCCAGUGUGAAAGUGUGGUCUGACUGGAUGCUUGGCUACCCAGACACCUGGAAUCCUCCACCCACAUCCCUGGAUCUGCCCUCACAGGUUGCUGUGGAUGUGUGGUCAACACUGGCUGAUUUCUGUAACAUAUUGACUGCGGUGAAUCAGUCUGAGGUGCCACUGUACAAGGACCCGGACGAUGACCUCACCCUUCUUAUCCUGGAAGAGGAUCGACUUCUCUCGGGCUUUGUCCCCUUGCUGGCUGCCCCUCAGGACCCCUGCUACGUGGAGAAAACCUCGGAUAAGGUUAUUGCAGCCGACUGCAAAAGGGUCACAGUACUGAAGUAUUUUCUGGAAGCCCUUUGUGGACAAGAAGAGCCUCUGCUGGCAUUCAAGGGUGGAAAAUAUGUGUCAGUGGCACCCGUCCCAGACACCAUGGGAAAGGAAAUGGGAAGCCAAGAGGGAAAACAACUGGAAGAUGAGGAGGAAGACGUGGUGAUUGAAGACUUUGAGGAAGAUUCAGAGGCCGAAGGCAGUGGGGGCGAGGAUGACAUCAGGGAACUUCGAGCCAAGAAGCUGGCUCUAGCCAGGAAGAUAGCUGAGCAGCAGCGUCGUCAAGAAAAGAUYCAGGCUGUCCUGGAGGACCAGAGUCAGAUGAGGCAGAUGGAGCUGGAGAUCAGACCCUUGUUCCUCGUACCAGACACCAACGGCUUCAUUGACCACCUGGCCAGUUUGGCGCGGCUGCUGGAGAGCAGGAAGUACAUCCUGGUGGUGCCCCUCAUCGUGAUCAAUGAGUUGGAUGGCCUGGCCAAGGGGCAGGAGACAGAUCACCGGGCUGGCGGUUAUGCUCGUGUGGUGCAAGAAAAGGCCCGGAAGUCCAUUGAGUUUCUCGAGCGACGAUUCGAGAGCCGGGACUCUUGCCUACGGGCUCUGACCAGCCGAGGCAAUGAACUUGAAUCCAUCGCCUUCCGCAGUGAAGACAUCACUGGCCAGCUGGGUAACAACGAUGACCUGAUCCUUUCCUGCUGCCUCCAUUACUGCAAAGACAAGGCCAAGGACUUCAUGCCCACCAGCAAAGAGGAGCCAAUCCGCCUCCUUCGGGAGGUGGUGCUGCUGACUGAUGACCGGAACCUGCGUGUAAAGGCACUGACGAGGAAUGUGCCUGUGCGGGACAUCCCAGCCUUCCUCACAUGGGCCCAGGUGGGCUGAGGGGGCCAUGCCAGGGCCCACCCCCAUGGAACCGUUCCUGAGAGGCCACCAGGCGCCAGUGUAGCACGGAAGAUGCCCACGUGCCUGAGCCACCAAUCCACCCAGACAAUAAACCAUCCUCUUCCAACCCACGCCGUGGCCGUGCUGUGAGGGAGCUGCUCCUCACAGAGCCCCUCCCAAGGGUCGGGCGGAAGCUGCUGGGACCCUCCUGGGCUGCCAGGAUUUAGCAGGGAAGUGGCUGGCUACAGCAACAACAGGUGGGCAAGCCAGAUAGGCCGCCAAUUCUCUCAGCCUUUCUCCCUCCCAUCUCAUUCCAGGGCUGGGGGAAGGCCAGCUCACCCCAAGGACUCGCCACCUUUCUCCAGUGGUGAUGGGGUAGAGAUUUUACAGUUUCCAUCAGAAGCAGGUGAAAUCACGGGCCCCUUUAUUCUGCAGAACCUUUGUCUUGGAUGUAUCCAAGAGGCUUUGGCUAUGGUGACAAGAGUGCCCAGGGUGUCUCUCCAUCUCCCUGAGGCCUGGAUCCCCCACGGACCCAAGUUAGGUUCUGGACACCAUGUCCCUAACAGCAGCCCUAUGCCCCCCCACCUCUUCUAACCGCACCCAAACACCCAUACCCAUCCUGCUAUUCCUUUCCCAUCUUGUUACUCCUUUUCCCACCCACAUCAAUGGGUCCCUUGCACUCUGCCCCUUGGUUUCCCUUGGAUGAUCAUGGGUCUAGAGGGAAAGGAAUCUGGUCUCAGGCCCAUGCUUCCUGGGUGGCCUUUACCUGUUUCCUCUCCCCCAUCAGCCUGCCUUUUGCUGGAACCCCUGUGGGAAAUUUCCUCAACUCUUACCAUCCCCCUCCUGCCUGCCCUCCCUCCAGAAUAUCCUCUCACCUGCUUCCCUUUCUAGUUGGUUCCUUUCACCCUCCCCAGCCCUCCAACUUCCUCAGCUCAGUUCUUGUUGUGGAAGUUAUCACUCUGAAUUUUCCUCCUCUGCUACCUGUGUCAGGAACCUAAUAAAACUUUCUACCUGUCUUUCCUUCCCAAACCCCUGUGCUGAGAAGCUUUGAGGCUGGUAUAGCCCAGCCUGUGGGUAGAGCAGUCUAGUGCCCGGAGGGGCUUUUCCUCACCUGGCAUGUUCACUGUUUCUGGCUUUGCCCUCUGCUCCCCAGAAGAACUGACACAGGGGCCCUUUAGCCUUUGAGUUUUUUCUUGCCCAGUUACCUGGUAUCCAUGUUCACAACCUCACACUGGAGGCGUCCUCUAUCCAGUUCCUCCAAACCAAGGGUAGAGAUAAAGAGGACUUAAGGAAGGCAGGGUCUGAGGUGGGACAGAGGUGAAUCUUGAUGGGACCAGUGGGGAAAUCCCCCAACAACCCACUGACCAGGUAUAGCCUGCCCAAAGGAUGGGAGUUAUGCCUUCCCAAAGGCCCAAAAUAAUGCCUGAAAGGGGGGGGGGGGCUCUGCAGCAGAGCCAAAGCCAGUAGUGUGGGGGGUCUAAGUUCCCCAGACCCUCAACUCAGAAGACUGGGCUCUUUGGGUUAUAGGAUCCCCAGCCUCUCCUUUAAGAUCCUCUCCCUGACUGAGUCCAAUGACUGGGUGGGUGGGAGACCCAUCUCUUCUUUCUGUCCCAUUUGCAGCACUGGUUUUGUUUCCUUAAUAAAUUUUUAGUUAUGAAACAUGUCUGACCUUUUGCUGAUGUCUUUCUGGGAUUGGGGAGGGGAGGCAGAUCUGAGCUUGUACACCUGUAU